UGCGUGCCGCCUUUCCACCUCCGCCGCUGCCUCUAUACCUCUCCACUCUCACUCCGCUGCUCGGGGCUUUUCUCAUUGCCCGUGGUGCUACUGCUCCUAUUGCUGCUACUGUCGCUUCAGUCGAUGCUGCCCUUCUGUGUGGGCGCUGCAAGUCUUUAUUGUUCGUAUGGGCUUCCUUUUCUGAGAUCUCUGGUUUCCGUAGUUCAACCUCCGAUCCUGAGCGUGCAGUUGUUGUGUAUCGUUGUUUGUAGAUCAGAACCCUCAUUAGAUGGAUCCUGGUAGCGCAACCUCCUUCAUGGACAUCCACUAUCAGAAGCAGUACAGUGUAGUUCAUGAAACAGUUGAGCAGUUCAAGGUUGUGGGCUCAUACCCUACAGAGGAGGAGGCAUUAACCGCUGCGCUGGACUGCCAGAUCGACGUCUUCAAAACUAUUAAAGCUCAAGUUCUAGUACAAGUGAGACAAUCAUUCCCUGAGAAGCCUUUGGCAUGGCAACUUCGAAUGCUCCAAGAUGCAAUGGAAUCGUAUUUCCUUGAUGUAGGGUUUGAAUCUUUGUCGGGCUACUUCACGGUCACGGAUCAGCCUAUCACGGACGUUGCUCCGAAGAAGAGGAAGAUGGCGACCACGCCAAGAUGCGAGUCGAAGCUGGCGAAGUCUAAUACCAGAUGUGGCAUCGCAAGCACUACCGCAUUGAAAACCAUGUCUAGAUAUAUGCACCAGACCUCGCCAUUCGGUAUGUCCUAAGAGUAUAAUCUAAGUGGCAAUGUGAAUCUAGAUCUGGUCUAUUCUUUUCGUGAAGAAGUUUUCUGGACAUGGAAGGCAAGUCUUCCUGGCUCCUGCCCAAGUCGACGAUAGAGACAGUUGCAGAGUAGCUGUGUUUCUUUUAUUUUGUUUGGGAUUCGGACCUCCGAGAAUGUGUAUCUGAUCCAGCUUAUCGACAGCACAUGAGGUGCCGUGUAGUAAGCUCUAAAUUUUUUAGAAGUUACGGAAUUAACUCCAGAGUAAUGAGAUUAAUCUUACUUCCACCCGGUUUCACUCUCUGUGUCUUGCAUACCCUGGAAAUGGCCGUUUUGGUUCAUACUCGGAUGCAGGAGAAGCACUGAGUUUUGAGUGAAUCUGCCUAACUCUCGACUAUGCAUUACAUAAAUUUACAAGUUCCAUA